AUGGGAUUCAAGGUUGCCAUUGAAAUUUCCUAUGAUCGCUCAAAGUUUAUCACGCGCGCAGAGUUCGGUAAGAAAGCAAACACAUGUUUGCUUGCGCAUUUAUAUGUAUAGUUUGGUAUGACCGUGUAACGGUGUAAUGUUCCUCACAACCAGACAUUGGUGUUUGACAGAUUAUGAUUAACAAGACGCCUGCUCAAGGCGUUCGCUCCGUCGGUAAAGGGGAAGGGCAGCAACAAAAUUGCGUGGGGGUGAUGUAGGAAGUUGAUGAGGUGUGGUGAGCACCUUAUUAUAACCUUGGCAUUUUGUCAAAGAGUAACAUAAUAGGUAUAUCUCAUGCAGUACUUAAUUAAUAUACUUGGUUUAGUGUACAGUGUAUAUUAUUAAUUAUAGAUCGUAUACAGUUCUACUUCAAAUGUAUAAAUAGUACACACUUUCACAUCUGAUUCCCAGAAGGCUUGGGAUAAGUAUCAUUGUGAAAUAAUGUGAUAUAUAGUAUCUGAUGUUCCAUCAAAUUUCCACUGUGUUUUAUGUCAAUAUUGUAUUCUGGGUUGAAAAAUUUUUCUUUUAGGAUAGAGAAUGUUUCACGAGAACUAGUAACAGUUUCCAAUAUUCUUCAGGGACAUAACCAAUAACCAUCAAUCCAUUAUACAUUAAUCAUUAUAAUUAAUGAAGAGCAUAGCCUUUGAUAACCUCCUGACAACCAAGGUAAUGAGCAAAAUUUCACAGAUGACAUAGUCAUAGAGAACUGAUAUGUUGUGCAGGUCUAACAUUACCGAAUCAUCAAUAGCACAGUAUAAAUAUAUAUAAAGGGCCACGUCCAUAUUCAUGUUGCGACAAGUAACGUCGAAUCGACAUUAUUUCAUCCACCUACUCACCCCAGAUAACGUUGAUCGGAUCGAUAUUCAGUCGUAUUUUGACCGAUAAACUCACAAUUAUUGUACUUUACUACUUUGUAUUGUCAUUGGGCAUUGGCUGGGAUUGUAUUUUGAUACAAUAUUUAAAUAGUGAUUUGGUUCUUGCCGGAGUGGCAAUAAACAAUAACAACCAAGAUAUAGCCGUUCUCAAAAUUAAAAUGUCCAUAAUACAUGUCAUAUUCUUGUUGGUAGAAGUUGGCAACCAAGGUAAAUUAUAAAACAUUUUUUUAAUGGUGACCUUGUUUACAUAUAUGUCUACUGACAGUCUACGAAAUUAGAAAAGUUCUGUUAUAGAUUUCGUUGAACUUAGCCUUCAGCCUUGUGCAUAUAGCCUAUAUAAGCGUAAAAAAUUUGGAAGUAUAGAAGAAACAGAAUAGCAUGUUAAAAUCUUAUCAUGCUUUCAACUGUCUGACUCUUGGUGACCUAAUAGCCUUAAUUCAACCUGAUUCGUUCUUUCUUGUUGUUGCACCAACAAAAAUACAUUAAUUCGUAAAGAGUAAGUUCAGAGUACAACACAACAUGAAAAACACAGUACAAUUCGGUGAAAAUUUAGCGAAAUUGCCAGAAAUAUUUGCGGCCACUCAUCACGCAACCGCCAUUUUGAAACUGAACUAUAUAGGUCACUGAAGCGUACUUGCAACUGAAUCACCCAUAAUAUCCAUAAAAUACACCGAUAUACUAGGCCGUUUGCUGUGACCUCGAAAAGUGCCUAGAAAACGAUUUUUAUUUCACCUGCAGUCUUGGAACUGAAAUAUUUUGCGGGAACUAACACUUUCGAACACGCUGAGUUCAAAUCCGAAAAAUUCCCGCUCUAUAAACCUGCAGUUUUCUGACAAACUGCAAUUUUAUCUUCACUAAUUUCACGACAACUUUUUUCAUUGUUCAACGACACGGAUCGAUGACGACAAACGAUUAUGUCCCUCAAAAGGACCAAUUUCUAUUAACCAGUCUUCCUUUUAAUUAACAAAAGACCGGUUUUGCUCGAAUCAUUUUGAGUUAUGUUAUAUUAUGCGUGUUGGACGUAAACAACAACAUCUUGUCUACAACUUUGGGAAGGUACAGAUAAAGCUUUCUGAAAUCCUCAGUGAAUGGCUCUAUCUCUAUAAAAUUACAAGGACGUUAAUGCUUAGUUUUAUGGCUAUGUCUCUGGGCUGAGAAAUAAUUCUUUACAUGCGAUCAAAAUGUUUUAUACAACGAUAUGAAACGGUAAAGUUAUGUGAUGGAUCAGCAUUUAAAUUUCCAACACAGUUUUUGAGACGUAAUUCAAGAGGUAACUUAUCAUUGCAUUUGAACUAUUACAUCAGUUGGUAUUAUUCUGUGCGAUUAGCGAGUAUUAUUGGAAAGAGGGCUUCCAUAUACGUUGUAAUCACCAAAUAAACAACUCAUGCGCACAUCUCUCCACUUCGUCGUAAGUUUACAGAGCAGAGUUUAUACUUUGGCACUGAUAUUUGUAUUUGCAGAUGUGAACAUCAAUUCUUCUAGUUUAAGAUUAUUUUAGAGUGAUCCUGUCGUAAGUCUUCUAUCAGCAACCCAUCGACAAUAUUUCAUUUUAGUGUUGGCUUUGCUGUUCCGUUGGCUUCGCGUUACUUUUGUUUUAAAUUCCUUGAUCGCGUUAAAAGAGUUAUUUCUCAGCUCAGCCCAGAGACAUAGCCAAAAAACUUAACAUUAACGUCCUUGUGAUUUUAUUGAGAUAGAACCAGAACUGUGGAUUCUAGAAAGCUUUAUCUGUACCUUCUCAAAGUUGUAGACAAGAUAUGUUGUUUACGUUCAACAUGCACGCAUAAUAUUACAUAACUCAAAAUAAUUCGAGUAAAACCGGUCUUUUGUUAAAAGGAAGACUGGUUAAUAGAAAUUGGUAUUUUUGAGUGACAUAAUCGUUUGUCGUCAUCGAUCCGUGUCGUUGAACAAUGAAAAAAGUUGUCGUGAAAUUAGUGAAGAGAAAAUUGCAGUUUGUGAGAAAAUUGCAGGUCUACGGAGCGGGAUACUUAAACUGUAUGGGACACUUGAACUUGUAAAGUGUAAUUAGUGAUUGAGGUAAAUAAUUUAAUAUUAUAAUUUAUGAAGCAUACUAACGGUCCUACUAAACACGCUUUCUGAAUUACUUGUACAUAUUGCCUUGGACUGAAUUAGACAAUAAACAAAAUGCCGCGAUGAGAUAUUGGAAUGCUGGAAAUCCUUAUUUAUCCAAGUACUGGACAAACAUGCCCCACUUAGAAUAAAGAGAGUAAGAAAAUGGGCAGUGUACUUUCGAUAAAUAACGAUAUCAAGGCUAAGUUAUUUGAAAGGGAUUUUCUGAAGCGUAAAGCGAUAAAAACAAAUGAAGUAAGUGAUUGGAAUAGGUACAAGUCUUCUAGAAACGCAGCUAAUAUUGCCUUGCGUCAUGCAAAAAGAGAAUACUACUGUAUGCCUGGAAAACGAUUAAUGAUAUCUUAGGACAAAAUACAAUCAAAAUACUAUUCAUGAAAUUAAUUAAAACUAUCUGGAAAAUCUUUCACUUCGACAGAGGAGUUAAAAGAUGUUUUUAAUGAAUACUUCACAAACAUAAGUCCUAAGCUUGCUCAAACGAUCGAGCAUGACAGCGAUAGUAACUUUGGAGACUUUAUUACCAAACGAGAACCCGCUAGUAAAUUUUCUUUUGAGGCUGUAAAUAAAUUUACGGUUUACAGGAAAUUAAUAUGAAACUGGACGUACUCGGGAACAGCUAACCGUAUUUAUAUGUACGGAUUCCCGUGUGACAAACAUGCAGGAGCCGGUUGUUCAAAAGCUGGUUAACUUAAUCCUAUAGCUUAACGAAAAAUAUGAAAGCAUCCCAGCAUCUUGUUUAUGCAGGCAUGGAAAGUUUUGAGAUAAACGGAUAUGCACAAAUACACAAACCGAAACACCAGGUUAAAUUUUAACUUAUUGCCAACCUGAUAGGGGCUCCAUUUUAUAUAGUUCAUUUUAUAAAGACCCUUUAAGACCUUGGGGUUCCGUUUACACCCAUUUUGGAAUUCGGGUCCAAAUAUAUACUUUUCUCUUCGUUCAAAAUGAUGUUUCGUGCAUGAAUAUAUUCUCUUUAACCUUCACCCCAAAAGGGUUAGAAUUGGGGACGUGAUUGGGGUCAAGAUAAAAGAGAAAUAUAUUCGUGCAUGGGCGAGACAAUUACCAAAAUUUUGUCCCAGGCCCCACAAAAUCACUAGCAAAAUUUCUAGGACAAAUCCUGUGAAAAAAAAUAGGAUGAAGGUGCUAUGCUGCAGCUGCUUAUUGGGUUCACAUAUAAUAUUGUUUGAAUCUAGAAAGAAUAUUAGUGUAUAAAAAUGGACGAUUGUGGCUUAAUUUGGUAAAUGUGAACCUGUUUUAUUAUUUUGGAGGAUGGGCAAAUCUUGAAAAUAUUGGAAUAUUAAAUAGGACUCUGAUGAAGAAAAUGUAACUUUUCUGAACGCCUCCAUUUAACCAUUCAGCUAAUUAUAUUCCUUAAACCCUUGGUGCUUAUGAUUUCCAAACAUUUGAUUAAGGCUCACUAUCUAUAAUGAAAACAUCUUUUUAGAUACAAAUCGAAAUUCAAGUAACUCCGGUUCAUACAUCAAAAAUGUGUAUAAAGACCUUGACGACAGAUGUUUGAAAGUUAUAUGGAGUGAUGACACUGCUUCAAGAUUUUCUUACAAUUUUCUACGUGAUAACUGCAAGUGUCCUGAAUGUUUUGAGUCAUCCAGUAAACAAAAGCUUUUCAACACCGCAAGAGAUCUUAUGAUAAGCAUCCAAAUUGAAGAAGCUGGUAUCUCAGAAGAUGGUCGGUAUCUGAAAUGCAAUUGGCCGGGCGGUCAUGAGAGCAGUUAUUCAUUAAACUGGCUUCAGAACAUGAGGACGCCAGAGGAAAAUGAACUUAGACAGCGGAAUUCAGACAGCCUUGUGAAAGAUGAGCUCAUUCUCUGGAAUCGAGAAAUGAUGCAAGAUCAGAUACUAUUUCAUGAUUAUAAUGUCUUGAUGAGUGAGGAUAAAAGUUUGUUUGAUUUGUUGUAUUGUCUUUAUCAAUAUGGAAUCGUUGUGAUUGACAAUGCACCUACAAGAAAUGGUGUCCUGCUGGAAUUGGCAGCUAGGAUUGGAUAUCACAAGAGGACACAUUAUGGGUAAGAUUGCUUACCUUUCAUGCAUGAUAGCCUAUAGCUGUGCACCAAUGGAUCCGGUUGAACCCUCUAUCCAAUGUUUUUCCUUAUUACUGACCGCAUAUUAAUAAAGUAUACAACAGUGUAACGAACAAGUCGUGUUUGAUUUGUUAUACCAUGCCCCUAGCUCAAAGUUGGCAUAACCCUGUUUAUAGCAUGGCAGUUUGGUUUGGCAUGAUUAGUAGAUUUAUUCCAACUAAUUUUAUCUGUAGACGGAAACCAUUUUGGGAUUUUGGCUCAAGAAGUUAGAAUAAUUUUAAUGGGAGUUUUCGUUUUAAGGUUAUAAAGUACUGCGGAAACGUAAGGUACUGUAAAAACGCUAUGGAAAUUCAACAGGCUGUCGUGCAUCAUAAACUUAGCUAAACAAUUCAAUUGUUACAUAGGACGAAUUAAAGAACAGUUAUUUAGCUUUUCUAUCAUACUUUUUUAAAACCGUAACGAUGAGAAAUCGCCAGAUACUCGUCAAAUAAAAAUUGCCGAUUGAAAUCACAUUCUUCCACCGUUGGGAAUUGAACAUACAUUAAUCAUGCAAAGUUAAUCAAUCCAAAAGCAACGAGAGCCUGCUACAAGGUAUUUGUUUCGUAAAACGUUUAGAUUACGAAUGUUCUCUGUUCAGUGGUUAAUUUAACCAUGUUUAAUGGACGUUCUUAUUGUCUCAGUAAGACGAAGAUUGACGAGUUGAGCUCAUUUUAGAUAACUUAACAUUCAACUUUAAUUUCCACUUGGGAAUUGUCUAUGUUUCGUUUUCCAUGCAAUUCCCAAUGGUGGAAGAAUGUGAUUUCGACAAUUUUUAUUUGACGAGUAUGUGGCCAUUUCUCAUCGUUACGAUUUCAAAAGCUACAUAACUGUUCUUUCGUCCUAUGUAAAAAUUGAAUUGUUUAGCCAUGUUUAUGAUGCACGACAGCCUGUUGAAUUUCAAUAGCGUUUUUUUAGACACCCUGUAUAAAUUGAAUGAAUCCCAUGCAGGCAUUUCUUUUGGGGACAUCUGUACUUUUAUUAAUUUCCGAUCUCGUUGCCACGCAUUAAUAAGCACCGCUAAAGAAUAGACAAGUGCCCAUCCAUUGUCAAUCCUUUCAACCUCGUGCAUGUGAAAAUAUCCUCUCUUUCCCUCAAAAUAACCCGUAAGGCAUGCACUGUACAAGAAUUGUAUGGCGAUGUUGCUUUGACAAAUAGAAUAUUGAUUUCAUGCUGUUUUCGCAAAUACAAAACAAAAAAUAUUAAUAGCAACGACCCCAAUGCAAUGUAUCAGAUAAUUAUUUUUUCUGUCUAUUUAGAGAGGAUUUUGAUGUGAAAGAUAUUGAAAAUCCUUCCAAUUUGGCUUACACUAACCACGGUUUACCUCUUCACAUUGAUCUGCCAUUUCUUAAGUAUCCUCCUCAUGUAAGUUUCAUUAAAUUCUAUGAAAACUUGUCACCAUCAAAACUUGUGCAGGAAAGUGUGGUAAAGAAAACCUUGUAUAGAAAACUUGGCAAAACAAAAUGGUCAAGGAAAUCCUGUCAAGGAAAUCUUUUAAGGAAAUCUUGUCAAGAAGAAAGGGAAUCUGCAUUAAGAAAACUAAUUAAUGAAAGGCUGCGGCAAGAAUAAUGAUAAGAAAGAUGUGCAUGCAUGUUUCUAAAGAUUUAGAAUAUUGUCUUUUAUUAUUAUUUUUAUUAUAUUAUUUUAGAUUCAACUGUUACAUUGCAUCCACGAAAAUACCUUGGGAGGCGAUAACAUAUUUGUUGACGGAUUUAAUGUUGCCAAACAAAUACACGAGAACCACCCUGAUGCUUUUGAUGUUUUGAAAAGUUUUCAUGUACGAUUUGUUGACUUUGGUACAGAUGCCUAUGGAGAAUUCGCAUUGGGUUGUUCUCAUCCUAUUAUUAAGUAUGUUGCUAGUUUUCAUAAUUCUAAGGAAAUUUAAAAUUUUACUAACGAUCAAAUUUCUUCCCCAGCGCCCCAUUUGGCAUUUGACCAUGCAAGUGCCCUCCCUAUAUACAUAAAAUGAAAAUUCAAAGAGAAAAGGGUACAUAUACUUAGAUUUUGUCAUACCAUAUUUAAUAAACAACUAGAAAUACAUGCAUGCAACAACCCCUCGCCCACAUUUCCCAAACAUUGUUUGAACAUGAAGUAUUCUAAUUACGCCAACAUGGAACGCAGGGUCGCGUUGUUCGCGUCAUGUUAGCCAUGGCAACAAGAUAAUUGUUUUCUUAAUUUUUUGUUCAAAACGGCGAAAACAAAUUAAUGUUUUACACUUUUAACCACAUAACUAUCGAUUUCUAACAUAUAUAAAGUAGGUAUGUUAUUUUGCUUUCUAUGGGCUUUAUUAUAACGUAAAAUUCAACAUAAAACGCUUCGUAAAACGUUUUCAAAUGUUCGUUGAAAUGAACUGCUUUUUGGCGAUAAACUCUUCUUAAUCAACUUAUUAAUAACACUCGUACUUUGAAGUGAAAUAAUUUUAAGUCAUACAGGUCGCUCUUGAAAAUAAUUUUCUCCUUUGAGCUUUUAUAAAAGAAAUUAAAACAAGCUAAUCCAAAGAAACUUUCACAUAGAAUGAAAAGGAAAGCUGUAGCCUGUACAUGUUCGAGGCCUUCAGGGGAAAACUGGACUGCAAAUCCAUACAUAAACAGUAAAAAUAAACUUACCCUAUAGAAUACUUUAGGAUUUUCCAUACCUAUCAUUUCGUUAAAAUUUGAAAAAGGUGAUUUACAACUUAUUGUGUGAAAAGAUGUCCAAGCUUUCUGUCAUGCAUGUUUUUUUUUAAUCUUUGCUUCCUAGUUCCUUCACUCCUGGCAAACAGCUAUAUUUUUGAGAUCAGUGAGAUGACCACCCAUGCAUAGCCAUGCGCCCGCGAUCAUUGAUGAACUUUAGACUUCGGUAGUGGCUUCCUUUCCCCUGGUCACAAGUUUAUUAGUUGUAAAACUAGCCUCGUUAAAUAAAGUUUAAAUGAAAUGAAACGAAAUAGCCGAGCGGAAUUAGUACCCUCGCCACGGGCUUCGCCCUACGCGCUCCGCGCGUGGCUCGGGGAUAACAGGGACUCAUUAUCUUACUUUUUAUUCACGUUGAUGGAGAUUUAUGCACUUUCACUGUGAGUGAACGUAUCGUUGUUUCGCUCAACCAAAAAUGCUUUUAUGUAUUAACCUGAAAAAAAGAUUUGUGCACCAUGCAUGCCCUUCUCAACAUCAAUUCUAGUUCGAUUAUACAUAUCUUCCUGACCAUGUUAAUAUUCCUAUCAACUAUGGUUAUCCAUUCAUUAGAUAUUUUCAGACACAAAGCACAUUAGCUGCACAGGUGUUGCCAAAAACGCUGUUUGAAUAAAAUAGAAAUAUUCCAAUUGGAUUGUUGAUACUUCAGUAAACCGACAAAACUUUGUUUCUCCCGACAAAACAAAGGAAGCAAUUUUCUUUUUGCAUGAGGGCAUGGUUUACCAAAGAUUGGAUUGAUCAUAGCAUCCCUCAAAGAAUGUUGGAUCACAUGCACUGUUAUUGCAAAGUUUCAGUUGAAUUGACACAAAAAUACUUCCACCUUUUUGUUCCAUUUAGUUUUUAGCGUUAUUUCAGUGUAUUUUGUAUAUUUUGUACAUUUAGUUUUUAGCGUUAUUUCAGUGUAAUUUGUAUAUUUUGUACAUUUAGUUUUUAGCGUUAUUUCAGUGUAUAGCAAAUAAUUCCAGCAACAAUCAAUCACAUAAGGCACACGUCCAAACGUGCUGACAAAAUAUUAGAAAUAAUUACGUAUUUCAAUUUUGAACAUACGCGACACGACAAGAAAGCGAUUAAAAACUUGGCGUUACUAUCAUAUGUAAAUGCUACAAUCAGUGACAAAACACUUUGGACAAAAUAACAAAAAAGCGUAAGUUUACAACAUAAUCGCCCUCCGCACCCCCGUUCAAUGUUGUAUGUGGAAAUACCUGCGCAAAAUGUUCCUUGCCAGCUACCCAACAUUGUUUUGGGUGGGGGAGGGAGGGAUAGUGUUUUAUGCUGAACAGUAUUUGGAAAUGCGGAGAUAUGUAUAUAUUAUAUCACUGUCCAAAAACCUUUUGUUACUGAUUAGUCGGUUGGACCACCUGUGGUGCCCACCGACUGUAGGUUUGCUUUUGGUACGCCACAAAAUGACAAAUUGCGUCAUUUUAAUUACGUAAUUCUUACGAAAUCAAAAUGGCGACCAUGGAAUAGCAUGUAAAAGUUCGCUAUUGACUAUUUGGUCCAGUCGUGUCUUUUUUUUGGGGGUUUUUGAAAGAAAUAUAUUAAGAAUUCACUAAAAGUUACCACGACGUUUCACUUUUAUGUUAUCGAGGAGGAAAGUGGAUAAUUUGUAUAUAAUUUUAUAUAUUUAAAGUUUGUAUCGCGCGGCGGAGAUAUCGGGCGCGCAAAUCAGUUUUGACGCUUUCUAUAUAUUUACUAUUGAAUUUUCGAAAUCUCCGGCGCGCAAUUUCCAAACUUUCUAGUCAGUAAUAAUAUUUUGGUCUUUUGGAUCUACAGAAAUUAAACUUAAAUUCAGACAUCGCCUGCUUGGUAUGGUAUGGUAUGGUAUGGUAUGGUAUGGUAUGGUAUGGUAUGGUGUGGUAAAACUUUAUUCAAACACGCUAGCCUCGAUCAACGUGAGCUGCUUUUCAUGAGGGGCGUCACACAAUAACUAUUUACAAAUUAAAGAAUAUACACAUUAAGCUAUAUGCAAGUUAAACUAUAUAGAAAAACAAGGAAGCAAAGGAUAAUAGAAAAGGAAUUAUAUAAAAACUUAACAAUUGGUGCCAUCCAAAGGAGGUGUUCAUGCCUGACGUAUUUUUCGUUUAAAAGAAGAAAGGGUUUAAGAAUUUUUUGAAUCCUCAGAAAGAUGAUUCCAUUGCAUGGCACCACUAUAUCGAAAAGUUUUCUUUAAAAAUUCACUAUUAGGCUUAGGUAAGCAUAGGUCUGUAUCGCUACGUACUACGCAAAUCAUAAGACUGAAUUGUGCUUCUUUUGUAGAAACACUCGUUUAGAUUAGGGGCAUGCAGUGUGGUUAUUAAGUAUUUUGUACAUCAUUAUUAAUUUAUUUUCUAAACGUUUCACAUUCAGUAGACCUAAUAUUAUAACUGGUUCCAGGAAUCACUCUAGCUGCACGGGAUUGAAAUUUUUGUAGUUUAUCUUGAAGUGUUUUUCCACAGGUAUCGCGCAGAGGGGAACAAUAAUCAAAGUAGGGUUGAAUUAAUGCUUUGUGAAUUGUUUGCAGAGUUGCAGGUGGGACAAAGGGCUUUAUACGUUUCAUAGCCCCAAUUCCAGCACUGACUUUAGAACAUACCGAAUCGAUGUGUGCAUCCCAAGUUAAUUUUUCGUCAAUGUCUAUCCCUAAACAUGUAUAUUUGCUGGUUCGAGGGACUGGGGUAUUAUUCAUCAAUAUUGGCGUAUUUCCAAUUUUAUUGAUGAGGUUAUAAGAUGACGCAAUAAACAUGACUUUUGUUUUGGUGGGAUGAUGUUGAAGCUUAUUUUUAAAAGCCACCUCUGAAUAUUAUUUAGGUCAUCAUUUAAAUUUUGAGCUAAUGUCUCAAUUCAAAAUCAUAUGUGGAAGACGAAAUUUGAGUAUCAUCUGCAUAGAGAUACGGAGUUGUUUUUUUCAAGUGAUCUGGCAUGUCGUUUACAUAAAGUAAAAAUAACAAUGGUCCUAGAAUUGAACCCUGGGGGACACCGCAUCUUAUUUUCUUCGGUAAGGAUGUGUGGCCAUUUUUGCUUCUUUCGAGUCUACAUCCUAUUCCUAUUAAAUAGCAUUGAAGAUUAAGGUUCAUUGGGACAAAAUGUAUUACCAAAAGCUGAAAAGGAGGAACUCAGUUUCCUGAUAUCGUGCGGAAGUAACUUGGAAUCUUUCUUGGCACAAUAACAUAUACGCCCGUAUUCUAAAAGCUCACUCACACUCAAACUCACACUCAAUGAGUGGAGGUUCAAUCUGAGCUUCUUUUGAGUGUCAAUGCUGUUUUUGAAUAGCUGGAGGGUGAGUAGUCACAUAGUAAGGUAUGACACUAGCCCUCCAGCUAUUCAAAAAUACUGAAUGACACUCGAGAAAAGCUCAGAUUGAAUCGAACUUCCACUCAUUGAGUGUGAGUGAGCAUUUAGAAUACGGGCGAUAGUAUUAUUCCAUGCAGUUCGCCACCUUUAUACUGCACACUGUUAUGUGUAAAAAAUUAAUUUUUUUAAAUGAAAUUUUUAACGAUUCCCAGCAAGCCUUUCGCGCUCGUAUUCGACUUUUCCGCUUUUCUCGGGGACAACCUUAAUUGAAAUAGCUGUAUAAAAUUAUUAACUUAAGAAAGUAGAAGUAGAAUAUUUAGCUGACCUUUGAUUUUGUGCAAGGUGUUUGAUAUUCAAAUUGAACUUUUCCUACCUCAUGAACAGGUACCUGUAUCUUAGGGGCUGUUUACAUAUUGGAAGGCAGGGUGAUUUUGAUAUAUUGAAAUAAGUCACUUGGCUAAACGAAACUUCAAAUGCUAGUUAACAGAACUCAAAUAUUGUAGAGAAGAUCUCGUCUUGGCAAAGCGGAUGAUAUAAACAGCCCCAUAUUCAGCAAAUUUUGCAUGCUGCCUUUGAUCCCUUGGGGGUGAGGCAGCACUUUCCUUGCGAUAGUAAUUCCUAGUAGUAAUAUAUUUUUCAGUUCACUUCAACACUUCGUCAUUAGUGGCAAUCUAAUUUAUGAUCUAACUGAUCACUUACCUAAUUUUCUCAUACUAAACAAAUAUUCAUCAUUAUCAACCAAUGUUAAUGUUUUCAAGAGGGAUUACUCAUAACGUAAUGAAUCAGCUUUAAUUUCGGAUGUACAAGAGAUUGACAAUAGCUGCGUGUCGUGAAGUAUCAACUACCAUCUCAUUGCCACAAUCCUUCAGAAUUAUUUGAUUCACUUUAUGGCAAAAUAACUGAAAUUGUUGAUAAGCAUGUACCCAUAAAACAACUAUCUAAAAGGGAGCUAAGACUUCAGGCUAAACCUUGGCUAACAAUGGGAAUAAGGAAUUCUAUCAAAGUUAAGAAUAACUUAUACAAGAAGUUUUUUAAAACAAAAUCGCCUUAUUACUAUAGUCGAUUUAAAUUUUAUCGAAAUAAAAUAAACCAUUUGUUGCGCAUUGCCAAAAGAAAAUAUUACAAUGAUUAUUUUAGUAAAAAUGUCGAUAAUAGCAAAUUAAUCUGGAAAGGUGUUAAGGAAAUUAUACAUUUAAAAACAAAAAAUAAUUAUAUCCCAAGCAAGAUCAUGGAUGGCAACCGAGAAAUUAUUGAUAACAAAGACAUGGCUAAUUCUUUUUCAAAGUACUUGGCUAAUAUAGGGAGUAACUUAGCAAACUCUAUUCCAGCCGUUGACAAGUCUUCACUUGAUUAUGUAGAUGAAUCAAUCUCUGAUAGCUUUUAUAUUUACCCAACAUCAACUACAGAAAUCCAAAAUGAAAUCUCAAGUUUAAAAAUUGGAAAAGCUUGUCGACCUUUCAGUAUACCACUAAUUUAGGGUCAUGAAAAUUCUAAAGUUUGUUGUAUGUAAACCAUUGGAAAUACUCUGCAAUGUUUCUUUUUCAUAAUUAAGGAAUGGUACCAAGCACAAUUAGCUCGAGUAAUACCUAUUUUCAAAAAGGGAAAACAUAAUGCUAUGAAUAAUUAUCGACUUAUUUCACUUUUGUCAGUGUUUAAUUAACAAGAUUUUAGAAAAAUUGAUGCAUAAGAGAUUGGUAAAUUAUCUUCAACAACUCAAUGUUUUAUAUGAUAAACAAUUCGGCUUUCGGACAAAUUAUUCAACUAGUCAUUCUAUUCUAUGUAUUAUUGACAAAAUUCAACAAUCAACCGAGGAGAAGAAUUACUCUUGUGGAAUCUUCCUUGACUUUAGUAAGGCAUUUGACACUAUUGAUCAUACUAUUAAUACUGAUUCGAAAAUUGGGAAGGUAUGGUAUUUGAGGAAUAGCAAAGGAAUGGUUUGAUUCAUAUCUUACCAGUAGACAACAUUUCGUGUCAUUGAAUAAUAUUUCUUCAGACUUAUCAACAAUAAAUUGUGGCAUACCCCAAGGAACAGUUCUUGGUCCACUGCUUUUUCUUUUAUAUAUUAAUGAUUUCCACAGGUGUUCAAGAAACGUGGGCUUUCAUCUCUUUGCUGAUGAUUCAAAUUUUUUUAUAAACAUAAAAACCUUGUUACUCUUCAGUCAAAUGUUAAUAAGGAAUUAAUUAUAUUCAUACCUGGCUUUGUGCCAACAAGUUGUCUCUAAAUAUGUUGAAAUCAAACUUUAGUCUAUUUCACUCUGUACAAAAAAGAUUAGCCUAAAACAUUAAGUUAGAAAUAAUCAGAUAUCUUGAAGUCUUCCUUGACUCAAAUUUGAAUUGGAAGAGAAGUAUAGGUAUGCUUUCCAAAAUUCGUUACUAUACUGACAUCAUUAUGCAUUAAUAUAUCCAUUUUUAACUUAUGGUGUAAUUACUUGGGGCAUAACCUAUUCUACCACAUUGCAUCCCCUAUUUGUUUUGCAAAAAAAGGCUAUAUAUACCUUUGAUAUUUUCGCAACUAAUUAUAAAUAUCGCAAAUCUCCACUAUGUUGUUUAUGGACGUUGUCUGUCUAAUUCAGUUAGCCUUUAUGGUUAUUUUAGGCAGAUAGUACCCACACCUACCACAGUAUAUUAAUAAAGUAAAUAAUGUAAUGAUUUAUAACGGCUGAAUAAAUUCUUCCACUGUUCGUGACGUAAUGGUAAUUAGUGCAUGUGCAUUUUGCCUCGAGGUGACGGGCGGUUCCGUUCCCGCAAUAUGUAGGCUAUUUAAUUUCGUAUUAUGUAAAUAAACAUUAAAGAUGAGGUCAAGUCUGUUCUGCGCAUGUGCUAUGUGAGGACUCUCUGGUGUAAACAGUACCCAAAUUUCGCGUUAUUUCGACAUCUUCUAAAUUGAAAGUCUAAUCUAUAUUAAUUUAGCAGCAUAGAAAACCAGAACGAUGUUAGAUAUUAACUAAGUACAUUAUAUUUUAUGAAUAUAAUGUCUUCAAAAUGUACAUAUAAACAAACCGCACUUCCGCUGAACGGACUUUUGACCGCCUCUUUAAAAAAUAGGUACGCUGUAGCGUACAUGGCGUCUACUGGAUCAAAAACAAAGAAUGUCAAUGCCGUCCGGUUUAUAUUUACAUUUCCGACUUUGGAGUGGGGAAGAUUAAAAUAUCUCGGCAAGUAUUUAGCCGCCCUUUAAAACGAAAACCUCCGUUGAUUAAAUCCUCAUAAAAUAACCUUUCGAAUGGUGGGUCAAAUGCCGUCAUAUUAAACAUUACACAAACCAAAACAACCGUAUAUUUACUCACCGCUUGGCCAAACAUUCUGCACUUCAUAUGGAGAAAAAAUUGAAUACCUUCUAAACUCUUCAGAUUAAGUCAAUAGGAGUGAAAUACUCCUUGUAUUCAAGCGCUUUCGUGUAUGAGGCGCCAAAUGUAUUUUUAUUAUUUAAAUAAAUUACGAAGAUAUUUUGGAUGAUUUAUUUUAUUAUAUCAUAUAACCAAAAUAUCUGCUUUGGACAGUCUAAGGCUAAAGUACAUAGCCAUUGAAAUAUUUUAUGAAAUAAAAGCCCUAGAGUCUUAUAAAUUGCUAUAGUUUUUAAUAGCGACGUUUCGUAGCAUUAACGCCCCGACUUGACUGGACCUAAUGUAGUUCAUUUUAAAUUUUAAAAUUUAAACAUUGAAACCGUUACGGUCGACACAAAUUGGCUUCUCACCUCGAGUUGUAGUCGAGUUUGCUUUCUUGUUUAUAUCAUUGAUUCCUAAAGGUUGACGGCGUUAUUCGACACGACACAGCUCAUUGCAUAAUUAUCGGUCCACUCAAGUCGGGGCGUUCAUAAUACGAUAAACUUUAAGAGUUUCAUUCCUUGUCACGUAUUUAUAUGUUGCCGCCUCCUAUUUCAUAUCCCGCGCGUCUCCCACGCGCGUAUGUAUGUAUGUAUGUAUGUAAAAAUUUAUUUAAAGACGCUAGCCUUGUCAACAAAGAGAGUUGAUUUCCACAAGGGGCGUCGACAUUUGAAAAUUUACAAAAACUAUUUACAAAAAAGACAAAUAUAAGUACAAAUACAUGCAAUAUAUAUAGUAAUUAAUUAGAAUGGUUUAAAAGGAAGUUGGUGGUUUGGUGUGAUUUGGCCAUAUAAAUAUGUCUGUAAUAAUCCAUUUAGAUUAAUAUUAGGUUAGUUACUUUGCCUUACAAUAUUUUUAAAAGAACAUAUUGAUAGGGCUUCCUUAGCUUCACCAGGAAGAUCAUUCCAUAGUUUAGCACCACUAUAUCGAAAACUCUUUUUCAGAAAGUCGCGUCUUGGCUUAGGAACGGCCAGAUCAUUCUAAGCAUUUCUGAGAUCGUAAGUCGUUUGCGAAAUAUUCCUUUUUAUCAAAAACUCUUUCAAGUUCGGCGAACUAUGGUCGUUUAGAAUUUUAUAAACAAGAGUUGCCUUAGUUAAUUUUCUUCUAGAUUCUAAAUUGUCCCAUUCAAGAGAUUGAAGAACGUCAGCAGACCUGAUCUCAUAACCAGCACCAGCUAUUAUCCUAGCUGCUCGAUUUUGAAAUUUCUGCAAAUUGUCUUUUAAUGUUUUGUUACAAGUGUCCCAAAGGGGAGAACAAUAAUCAAAGUAGGGUUGUAUCAAAGCGCUAUAGAUUGAUUGCAGCAUGUUUGCAGGAACGAAUGGCUUGAUGCGCCUUAACGUUCCAAUACCUGCUGCAACCUUUCUGCAAAUUACGUCAAUAUGCUCAUCCCAACUCAACGUUUCAUCAAGGGUGGCGCCCAAACAAGGUAUUGAGGUUACCCUAGGAAUUGGUUGACCAUUUAACAUUACAGGAAUGUCAUUAUUUAUCUUAUGGAGAUUAUGUUUAGAUCCUACGUACAUUAAUUUAGUUUUGGAUGAAUGGUGUUGCAAUUUGUUUUGUUUGAGCCAUUGACUUAUGUUAUUCAAGUCACUGUUCAAAUUGAAAACGAGGUGCUGAUAGUCAUUAGCAGAUGAAAAAAUCUGUGUAUCAUCAGCAUAUAAGCACGGGAUUGUAUUCUUGAGAUUAUUUGGGAGAUCAUUAAUAUAAAGCAGGAAUAGAAGUGGGCCUAAAAUAGACCCUUGAGGGACUCCACAAACGAGAUUUCUAGGUGUUGACAUCAUGCCAUUGACAAAACACACUUGUUCCCUAUUAGAAAUGUAGGAUUCAAACCAUUUUAAUUCGAUAUUUAAAACUCCAAAUUGUUCUUUCAUUUUACGCAAUAAAAUAUUAUGGUUAAUUGAGUCAAACGCUUUCCGAAUAUCAAGAAAAACAACACCGUUCAAGUCUCCAUUAUCCAUGUUAGUGUACCAUGCAUCGCACAUUUGAAUAAGUGCAGACAAAGUUGAGUUCUUUGGACGGAAGCCGGAUUGAUACUUAGAAAGCAGGGAGUUUUCAUUUAGAUAUUUGUAUAAUUGGUUGAAGACUAAACGUUCAAAGAUUUUACUUAUAAUUGGUAGAAUGGAAAUUGGACGAUAAUUUUCGCAUUUUUGUCUGUCUUCAGAUUUAUAUAUCGGUAAAACCCAAGCCUUUUUCCAUUCGUGUAUUCGCGUAUCCUGCGAACGGGCUGUCAGGUUCGAAAGGCGGUGCUUUUAUAUAAGCUAAUAAUAGAUCUUAAAAAAAUAAAAAACAUACAAAUACAAAUCAACUUAUAUGUUGUUAUUAUAUGUUCUACUAUGGGAGUAUUAUUAUUAUUAUAUGACAUAUUAGUGUAAUGUAAUGAAAUAAUUCAAUUAAAACACAGAUCAACGCUUGGGCCGCUCUGUGCACUUGGCGAGCCAAAUGAUAUCAUAACGGUAGAAACACUCAGAUGCCUACCCCUCCUGAACAUGCCGAAGACAAUUUUCCGAAAUAUUCCGAAUUCUGAUUCGUUCACGGAAUUGCGCGUACAGAAGCUAUCGGGCGGGCGAUUGACGAGACGCUACAUACAAUCGCAGAGGUAAGGUAUAAGGUUUUUCGUCGUUCAUGAAUAUUCAUUGGCCUAGUAUGUCUUGUAUAGUUGUAUUCAUACAAAUAUUUGUGUAAUAUUUUAUACACAUCAUAGCAUUGAUGCCAUUGCCUAUUAAUACAUAAAUACGCUCAUAUUUAUAAAUGAAUAAAACGAAUAAGCUCUUAGACGUUAAUACCUCUGCGAUUGUAUGUAGCGUCUCGUCAAUCGCCCGCCCGAUAGCUUCUGUUAGACUUCUUGCAAGAGUACUUUGUUGACUUUGUUGACCCUAAGCCAUAUUUGCAUACAUACGCGCAAUACCGCGAACGAAUCAGAAUUCGGAAUAUUUCGGAAAAUUAAUUAUCUUUGGCAUGUUCAGGAGGGGUAGGUACUCUGGCUGUUUCUACCAUUAUGACGUCAUUUGACUCGCCAAGUGUGUAAAAAUUAUUUUGGUUAUUUAAUAUAACGCAACAAAAAUUGGUUAUUUGAUAUAACGAAAUUAAAUCAUGAACGCAAAAAUUGGUUAUUUGAUAUAACCAAAUUAAAUCAUGAACGCAAAAUUGGUUAUUUGAUAUAACGAAAUCACGUCAAGUUUAUUAUUUGAUAUCAGCGCAGAACGCAAAUUGGUUAUCUGAUAUAAUAGAGUUCAUUCGGCAAACGAGAAUGUGGUUAUUUCAAAUAACCAAAGCAGAUAUUUGGUUAUAUGAUAUAACAAGACGCCUGCUCAGGCGUUCACACUGGCCUGAAAAUGGCAACUUUCGUGGUACUGGGUGUAAUGUGUAUUUAUAUUAUAAUGUUAAUGCCGUUAUAUGGCUAGUUUCAGGUGCUAAAAAGUUCAUAGAAUUUGCUUCCAUUUAUAAGAUAAACUGAUCCCAACCCAGUAUUAGGGACUGGUCAUAAUUUAGCAGGAGGGGUGGGGAGAUGGAAACAGUGGGGGGUCACAUAUUUUUAGCCAGGAAAAGGGGGGGAGUUCAUAAAAUAUUAGACAGUUUAUGAAGGCGGGGAGGGGGUCUGCUGGUUUAGUUCAAUUAAUUGUUUUAUACAUGCCUUCUCACAUUUUGUUUGAGUUGCAUUUAGUUUAAUAGGCAUUUCAGAAACAAAAAUAGUUGUAAAUAAGGAACCUAUAGCUAAUACGUCUAUUCCUGGCUAUCACUUUAUCUCCCAGCCAACCAUUAGUAAUGCAGGUGGUGUUCGAUACCUCAAGUUAGAACCAAUUACGGGAAAUUUAAUAUUAGAUUUAUUGGUCCUAAAACGUGGAAUUUAGUCGACGAACUACUGAGCAACUUAGUAGAUUGUCUUUUAAAAAUGAACUAAAACGAAAAAUAAUUAAUGAAUAUGAGGAUUAAUGGCAGUUUCGCCAUUAAAAUAUUCUGCCAUUUAAAUCUCUUUUGAGUCUCUGUUUUUGUUCUAUUGUGUCUGUUUUUAUAUCAGUUUUGUCUGUGUGUUUGAGCUAGCUAAUUAAAAUAAAAAUUGUUCUGUAAAAAUUCCCCAAUUGUUCGUAAAUGUAUAAUCUUUGCUUUUAAUGGCCGCUUGUCUCGAUUAGCCCCAAUGGUUAUUACAGGCGACCAGCACUACACCUAUAUGUUUAUGUACUCUAAUAUAAUUAUUCAUGUAUUUAUAAUCAAAUAGUGCUCAAUAAAAUUUCUUCUUCUUCUAAAGCGCAACUAGAAAAUUAGAAAAUUUAAAGUGCAAUUAGAAAACUUAUUGAAUGCAGGGUUUAGUAGUAGGUAGGUACAUAUUUACUGACACGAGCAAGAGAGGGGGGCAUUAUUUUUCCGGGUUAUGGCAAAGCAGGGUCACAAAAUAUCAUUCCUCCCCACCCCCCUGAUAAAUUAUGACCAGUCCCUAAACAUCUAAUAAACAAUUUGAGAAUUAAAAAAGUGGGGGGGGGGGAAAGUUGGAUCUUGUUCCAAAAACAAAUCGAACCGUAUCACGUUUCACUUCGCCGCACGCAACGCCACCUCGCUGAAUACAAUCGAAAACAUACAUUUUAUAGUAAUAUAUGAUGAAUUAGAAAGUAAUUUGGCGCAAAUUAAUGUAAUUAGGUGCAAAUUUAUAAUUAUGCAAAUAAAUACAAGAGCACAACGCAUGUUUAUGAGCCUACAACGUAUAUUUUAUACUUGUUAAUUAAAAAGUCAAACUGUAAAACCUUUAACUUGUCUUUGUUUAUAUUCCACUAUAUUGUAUAAAUUCGCUGGGUCCAAAUUUUGGGGUUUUCGAGUCGUUACACAAAGAAAAACACACUAAUUCAACACGCAAGAAAGGCCAGAGUGCGACACACCGUAAAAUCCAUAGGAAAACCGGCACAAUUCUUUGAAAAUUCAACGAAACUGUGUGAAAUAUAUAUUAGAUCGCUCAGUGAAAAGCCGCCAUUUUGAAACUGAACUGAAUAUGUCACUGGAGCACGUUGCACCCUAAGCCUGCGAUGACCUAACGCAAACUCGAUUUCUCGUCGAAAAAAAAAACAGAAAAAGAGGGAUUUAAGACACUUGGCCUACAGGCCAGUGUAAUAAAAUAAAUCAUCCAAAAUAUCCUCGUAAUUUAUCUAAAUAAUAAAAAUACAUUUGGCGCCUCAUAUUCGUGUAGAAAGUUUCGUUUGAAUACGGCGGACUAGAAAUAUUUAUUUUGAAUUUUUCAGAAUGUCGGGUUGUACGCGUGUGCCACACGCUAAAAUUGGCGCAAAUCACGCUACACAAAGGGGUAAUUUGACCUUGAAAAUCGAUUUCCGACGUUUCCCGAGUGCCAGGAUGUAAACAUCGCAUUGUUUCAAUAUGUCAAGCUCUGAUGUCAAGUUGUAUUCCGGUGGAAGCUCUCGCGUAAAAUUUAGAUAUUCUGAAAUACCGAAAUAAAAGUUGCAAAUCUGUAGAUACAAACUUGAAAAUAACACUCUAAAUAGCGUCUUGGAUUGUGAUACGAACAAGAAUAUUACGAAAAAGAUAGGUUGACAGAAUGACAGGGGCCAAAGUUAUAUUCGGCGAAAGUUAUGGCUUAGCUAGUGAUACAUUGUCGUACAUUGUUUACAUUGUUCGAAUGUAUUGUAUAUAGGUAUGGUAUGGCUAGUUUACAAUUUACAUUGUUCGAGUAUGGCUAAUUUAUAUUUUAUGGCUAUGUUACAUUGUUCGAGUAUAUAGUAUCUUUCAAACGGAAUUUCUACUGCAAAUACUCGCGGAGUUCUUUAUAAUAACGUCGGAAAUCUCAAGGCCGGACGGCAUUGAUACAGUAAAACCAUUUAUCGUAAACAGUUCGGAAACUUUCAUAGAUGCGCGGGCUUUAACCUAACCAAAGAGCCUGUUCGUAGGAGAAGUGAACCGUCCACUCAGUAUAACGAUAUAACUAAACCUCUUGUCGACAGCAUAUGGCGAUUACUGUUCCAGUAGACGGCAACAUGUGAUUUUACAUACAGCAAUGAGCAUUGCUUUUGAAAGAAUACAGUAUAGUCGAGAAAGAUCACAUAGUCCGAAAACGCGACCGGAUGGAAACAUAACACGUGCAGUACAUUGUUUUCUCCGUUUAUUUCAUCCACCACUUUAGCUGAGAAAAGUACGUGUAGUUUUCGCGGGUGUCACGUGAUACGAGAUGUAAACAUUGUGGACCUUCGUUCUGUUGUGUACAUCGGAGUUAACAUGGCGAUUCUGUUGUUUGUGAUUUGAUUUGAAUUGCAAGUUUAACUUGUAACUAUUGUGCAUUGAGUGAGUGACAUUCAUUGAAUGUGACUGGCCUCAAAUAUUUACAAGAAUGAGUCAUGGAGUAGAUGAAAUCAUUAAGAUUCCGGACCAAUUCGAAGUUUUUAAAAUCAAAUUACCUUUUUAUCUGAAUUCUCACGAUUAUUCUUGACAGUUAUUUCGAGCCAGUGGCGGACACACUGGAAGAGGGGGGGGGGGGGCAACAUUUUCAACGAAGGAGGCAAGAUUUUCAACCAUGGAAGCAUGGGUAGGCUAUAAAGUAAUCACAUUUGCAUGAUAUUUAAGGCAUAAACGGUUUAAACAAUUGGGAUUUAUAGCAAAAUCUGCAAUCAGUAGUGUCUUUAUGUCAACAACCAGAAAUACCAAUAUGAGCUCCACCUUUGAAUUUACUACAAGUAUAGGUUAUUUUGAGGCACCUCGGGGAUAUGUGUUUAUUCACCUCGGCGCUUUCACAUUGCGAGGUCGCGUUAAUGAGCCCAGAAUAGAAAUAAUUCUUAAUGCCAUAUUCAUGGCAAGAAAUUUUGGACAUUUGCCUAUUAAACCAGAGCUCGUCCCCAGUCCCCAGAAAUUUCAGCGAUAAAUGGCUGAAAAUCGCCAAAAUUAUGAACAAAACUGAAUAUUAGAGAUUAUUUUUAUUGCUUUUCUAAAAAGUAGGAACGGAUACAUAAAAUAUGUUCAUAAUUCUAUCUAUAAACGUCAAAAUUUGCCGAAAAAUGAAUAAUAUGCUAGGGGCAAAAUCGUUUCGAAACUUUGUAAUCCGAUAGAAUAAAUCUCUAUAUUGUGACGCGAAAUAGGUGCGCGGUCAGACGAAAAAGCGGCAUAUCCCAAUCGGAGCAUGCGUAGUCUCAAAAGUAGGAGCAAAUUCAGAAUCGCUUCACUGUGACGAGCAUUUCGAUACUAAAUUAUUGUUGUUUCGUCCUAAAUAUCUGGGGGCAAAAUGCGUAUUUCUUCAACCAAGUCUGCGUGUAAACACAGGCGCUAUCUGCGCAUUUGGUCGUUCGUAUAUUGCCUGGUUUUAAAGAAUUCUCGCUCGACUGGACGUAUAAUUAGCACAUCAUAAUGCCUAAACCAAAGAUAAACGAUUGCGCAGCAUAUUUCUUGAGUUUUAGAGUCAAUAAAAGGAUGCUAACGUUGUUUGUUGUUGUAUAUGUAAUCUCGCAAAGGCCAACACUACAGACCGCUGUGGGAGAUCUGGCCCGAUGUAUCGUAUUUCUUGAUAUAGCAGUAUUUGCAUUUUAUUAUAUAUUAUAUCCCUCCAUGCGUUUAUUUGGACUUUAUAUCUAUUUUUAUAUCAAUUCAGACCUAAAAAUGAUCUAAAUUUGAAAUGCUUGUCUAUGUUUGAUAUGCGCGUUAGAGUAUAUCACUGCAUAUGUCCUACUUAUAUGGGCAAUUUAUUGGUAUGGCCUUCGUUAUGUUGUUUUUUCCCAUUUUUUGUGCUGCAAAGACAUUGCAGGUGAAUAUUAGAGGGGAUUAUUAAACGGAAAUUGAUUAGAGGGGAAUAUUGAAUAUAUUCCCCGAUAAGAACACGGGAAACCGAGCAGGGUGAAAAAUAAGAGUAAAUUGUUAUACAGGUCCGAAAUUAUCAAUACGAUAAAUUCGCGACACAUGUUGAAAUUAUCAAUACAAUAAAUUCGCAAUUUCACAUGAAACUACAAUCAUUAGACAAGAAUUUUUGUUAUAAAUGUAAUAGUCCGUGUGUUGUGACCCGAUAUCGUUCACUUUCAUUAAGCAUGUCUCAGAUCUGAAAUAUUUUGACGGGAACUAACACUUUCAAGCACGCUGAGUUCAAAUUUGAAAAGUUUGCGCUCCGUAGACCCGCAGUUUUCUCACAAAAUGCUAUUUUAUCUUCAAUAAUUUCCCAACAAAUUUUUCAUUGUUCAACGACACGGAUCGAUGACGAUACACGAUCAUGUCACUCAAAAGGAUCAAUUUCUAUUAACCAGUUUUCCUUUUAACAAAAGACCGGUUUUACUCGAAUCAUUUUGAGUUAUGUAAUCUUAUGCGUGUUGGACGUAAACAACAUAUCUUGUCUACAACUUUGAGAAAGUACAGAUAACGCUUUCUAAAAUCCUCAGUUGUAGAGAUAUCUCCAUACUAAAUCACAAGAACAUUAAUGCGAAGUCUUUUUGGCUAUAUGUCACUGGCCUGAAAAAUACUCGUUUAAAGGUCCAUACACACCGGACGCGAUUCGACAACGCGACGCGACUUUUCGAUUUUCACUGACCGAUAACUUUGAUCCUGGUUAACAUUUUCCAAAUAUUUAGUAGCGCUAUAACAUUUUGAGUUAUUUGGUCUACAUAUCUUUCAAAAUUUCCUCUCAUUGGCUCAAGGUCAUUUAAAACAAAAGUAACGCGAAGCCAACGGCAAAGCCAUUAACGCUAAAAUGAAAUAUUGUCGAUUGAUUGCUGGUAGAACACUUACGACAGGAUCAAUCUUAAAUAGAGUUAAACUAGAAGAAUAAAUGUUCACAUCAAAGACAAAGAUCAGUCCCAAAGUAUAAAAUAUGCUCAGUAAACUCGCGACGAAGUGGAGAAAAGUCUGCAUGAGCUGUUUAUUUGGUGAUUUCAACGUAUAUGGAGGCCCUCUUUCCAAUAAUAUUCACUCAUCGCAUAGUAUAACACUGCCAACUGAUGUAAUAGUUCAAAUGCAAUGAUAAGUUAUCUCUUGAAUUACGUUUCGGAAACUGUGUUGAAAAUUUAAAUGUUGAUCCAUUACAUAUAGAUUACCGUUUUACAUCUUUGUAUAAAACAUUUUGAUCGCAUGUAAGGAAUUAUUUCUCAGCCCAGAGACCCAAAGACUUAACAUUAACGUCCUUUUAAAGUUUGUUCGUUCACUGCAACCAGGUAAAUCAAUCAUGUUUCGCGCGCUACUCUGGUUUAAAUAAAUGAUUACAAAGCCCAGUGGAAUUGUAAUCAAGACCCAACGUUUCGACACUCCAGUCUAGUGUCUUGAUCAGGGGUGAUCUAAAGAUGCAAUCGUGGCUUCUUAAAUACCCAAGGGAUGACAUCACCUGCCAAUGAGAUGCAUGUAUUCCUCUGGCAAAUAGGCAACGUCAUCCCUAUUCAAAGCAUGAUUACUCAUAUUUAUAUGCCACGCUUCUAGGCAAAGUCAAAGACCACGCUUCUAGGCAAAGUCAAAGACUUAAGGUUCGGUCACACGGAGCGACAAGUCGCAGAGGCAUGUUGCAGGGACAUGUCGCCCGAAACGAGUCACACGAAGCGACAAUGCUAGGCGAAAACAAGUCGCACAAGCGCUUAUAGGCGCGUGGUCACACGAGGCGACAAUUCAUGCGACAAGUCGCAGUGUGCCGAAACCUGGGUACGAAGUGUUCAUGUAAACAAAUAUGGCGUCUCAAUUGACUCGACACCGUAAGAAAACAAUUUUAUUUAUACUAAUGAUGAUAAUUGAUGAUCAUCCUUCAGUUACAGUUGAAAGGAAAACUUGGGCUCGAAACCAGUGAAGUGAGUGAACUAUAUACAUGGAAGACUGACUUCAGUCAUUGCAGUGGCGUAACGUUAUAUCAGGGGGCCCCCGGUUCAAAAUUUUCGAAGGCCCCCCUAGUACUAGAGGUGCCAAAGGCACGAGUCGAGCGCCGUAUAUGCACGAGUUUUCUAGGGGGUCCAGGGCAUGGUCAUCCGGAAAAUUUUUUAAUCUAGACUCUCUGAAAUGCCAUUUCCUGGACUUUGGGGAGAGAUUUUACAGAAUUCUGAUGGUCAUAAAACGACAUUGUAACAUAUCAGAGGCCCUGGCCAAUGUUUUUGCCCUAUCGCCUAAGCCUGGGGGCCCCCAUUUGGGUUGGGGGCCCCCGGGUUCACCCGGUCUGAGCCCAUAGUAGUUACGCCACUGAGUCAUUGACGUAAUCAAAAAGUGAAGCCAAAGAUGGCGGAUUUUGAAGCCAUUCUUGCGCGUCAUUCUCAGUCCCCUACCCGCGCGGCCAAACAUUUUUUGUAUUUUCAUGGCGGGAAGUGAUGGGUCCGCGAUUCUCGGGUUGUGUUUUUCUUCAUUUUAAAAGAGCAAAAGAGGAAAUAAACUUCAUUUAUUUCAUGUAAACCUGAUUUCCUUCAUCUACUCGAUCUGUCUACUGCAUUUUCCCACUGUAUGUGUGAGUAAAUCUGUAUUUUUCGUUGCGAAUUCAACAACUAAUUUCAAACUUUUUUGUUUUUUUGAUAUAAAAUCUGUAUUUUUAUAAAUUGGCAAUUUACUUUGCUUUGGUUGUUUCGUUUUCUUGUUUCUAUGGUACUUUUCAGUUUUCACACCAUUAUUUAGCUUAUUUUAUUCGGUUUUCCUGACCUAAAACUGCUUUUUAACUGCAGUUUUCGAGGCAGUUUUUAGCCAAUUUAAUUCCAUACAUGUAAGAAAAUUUUGUUUUUUUAUUUUCUAUUUAAUAAAAUCACUUUGAUGUUUGCCUUAUAAACUUAAACUGUUCAUUUUAAUGAGUUAUUCAUGUGUGUGAAACUCUUGUCGAUAGGGGCAAUAGAGAUAUUUUGAAAGAUUGAGUGACUUUGUGUUUUGUUUUGUCACUCCUUGUCAUUUUACAAAAACAGCAAUCCCGCGCUAUUUUGCUUUCUUUCCACUCAAAUAUCACAUCUCCUAAACAAAUAAUAAUUAAAAUUAAUAACCGAACCCAAACAAAAUACCAGAAUUCAACUUUUCAUUCAAAUUUCGUCUGUUUUUCACCAGAUUUUUACUCGGAAAGUAAAGAAAAAUAUAAAAGUUUUGUUGACCGCGCACGUAAGGGGACUGAGAAUGACGCGCAAGAAUGCCUUCAAAUUCCGCCAUGUUGGCUUCACUUUUUGAGCUCGAGUCAGACUUCCAUGUUAUAUAGUUCAGUGCUCGAAACUUGCACUCCAUGAUGAUGUGGUAUCCGCCAUGUUGAAAUUGAGCGUGCAAGUAGUCAUGGGAAUGAUAUUUUGUGAUUGGUCAGACUAAUUAUUUCCCCGCGAUUUGUGAACAGACUAGCUCACACGAUGCAACAAGUCGCGGCAACGGUUUUUUUCCCCGCGACACGUCGCAUGAAAUCAAAUCAAUUUGAUUUCAUGCGACAUGUCGCGGGCACAAUUUUUUUGACCCCGCGACAACGCUUACACAUGUGACACACGAUGAAAUUCGACCCCGCGACAUGUCCCUGCAACAUGCCCCUGCGACUUGUCGCUCCGUGUGACCGAACCUUUAAUUUGCCUAGAAGCGUGGCAUAUAAAUAUGAGUAACCACGCUUUGAAGACGGGGCCAAUUUGCCAGAGGAAUACAUGCAUCUCAUUGGCAGGUGACGUCAUCCCUUGGGUAUUUAAGAAGCCACAUUGCAUCUUUAGAUCACCCCUGAUGAAGACACUAGACUGUAGUGUCGAAACGUUGGGUCUUGAUUACAAUUCGACUGGGCUUUGUAAUCAUUUAUUUAAACCGAGUAUAGCGAGCGAAACAUGAUUAACGACCUUGUGAUUUUAUAGAGAUAGAUCCUGAACUAAGGAUAUUAGAAGGAAUUAUCUGUACUUUCUCAAAGUUGUAGACAAGAUACGUUUUUUACGUCCAAGACGCAUAAGAUUGUAUAACUCAAAAUGAUUCGAGCAAAACCGGUCUUUUGUUAAAAGGAAGAAUGUUUAAUAGAAAUUGGUUCUUUUGAGCGACAAAAUCGUGUAUCGUCAUCGAUCCGUGUCGUUGAACAAUAAAAAAUUUGCUGUGAAAUUAGUGAAGAUAAAAUAGCAGUUUGUGAGAAAACUGCGGGUCUACGAAGCGGGAACUUUUCGGAUUUGAACUCAGCGUGUUCGAAAGUGUUAGUUCUCUUAAAAAUAUUUCAGAUCUAAGACAUGCUUAAUGAAAAUCGUUUUCUAGGCACUUUUCAGGUCACAAUACAGGGAAUAAUUUCGGACGUGUUUAACGAUUUACUCAUAUAGUAAAUUCAAAGGUAGAGCUCAUGCUGAGAAAUGCAUGUACGUAUGCAACAACCCCUCACGUAUAUUUUCCAAACAUUGUUUCAACAUGAAGUAUUCUUAAUUUUACGCCAACACCAUAGUAUUUUUAAUUUUACGCCAUGAACGUUAGUCACGCGCUCGCAAUCAUUGAUGAACUUUUCAAUAUGCUAAUUUUCAUUUUCCGGGUGUAAAUAACCGAGCGGACUUAAUUCCCUUGCCACGAGCUUCGCCCUACGCGUGGCUUUGGAAUAAUUAUAGUUUGUUAUAAUAUUUCCAAUACUUUUCUAUUUCAGCCUAAACAAACAUGGACGGAUCAAUGGUGUUCUAUACAACGCAAGUGUGGAAUCGGAAUCUAAAGGUGAUUGCACCCCCGACGAACUUGUUGCGUUUUACGAUGCGUCGUGUAUACUUUCGAAAGGACUACAUGACCCAAACAAUGUGAUAGACAUUCAUUUGAAGUCAGGUCAAAUCGCAAUGUUUCACAAUAUCAGAAUUUUACAUGGAAGAACAGCAUUUGAAUCAACUGCAAGGGAACGUCAAGCAAGAUGGUUGCAGGGUAUAUAUUUUGACUGGGAUGUGGUAUUUUCAAAACUCCGAGUGCUGCAGAAAAAUCUUGGUCUUAAAACACCAUAUUUACCGGAGCAAUCUGAUGACUUUUUCUGAACUAUGCAUGCACGAGUUUUUCUGCCCACAAAUUGACCCAACUCAAUUCCUCGACCGAUCGCCGAAUUUAUAGUUGAGUGUAUAUGUACAGUUAUAUUCUAGAGAGGGUCUCCCCAAUUAUAGAUUCUGAAAUCCUUGAAUUUUUUAAAUGCAACUUUUAUACAACUCUUAAAGCCUGAUAGGUAAUUUGAGCCAAAAAGUAUCGAUGAGAUUUGACUAAAUUUAUUUUUGGGAAUACUUGUGGGAUACAGUGUCUGUGAUUGCAUAUCAGGGGCGCACAUCUAAGGAAUUUCUAGGGGGGUGUGGGCCACUUGGGGACCGACUUUUUGAUAUUCAAAAAGAAAUUAAACAGAAGGGUAAAAAACAAUUUUGCAAAGACAUCAUGCCACAGAACAGGGACGUGGGAAUGUAUUUGAAAUCAGGGGAUCAAGUCCCACGAGGCGCCACCAUGGUUGGCGCCGAGCGAGAAAAUUUUCAACAACAGAACCUCUAGGUCGCCAGAAACGACCAUUUCAGAGUCUUAACUCUACCUAAAUUUCGGCUCGUUCAGGUGUACGAACGAAGGAUUAAGAAAAUUCAUCCCUUAUUUAAUAGUUCGCUCAAUUUCUGCAUUUGUUCAAUCUGUUCCAGAUCAAUAGAAUCAGAUAAGUCUUUCUGAACUGAAGAAUCAAAUCAUGUGUAUAGGCCUAUGAGCUCGCGUGUGAAUACCAGGACGUGUUUAUUAGUAAUGUGUAUGAGCUGUCAUGAGAAUAUCCG